AUGCGUAUCGGCAUGCGUAACAGCCGUUUUGUACAGCCGUGUUUCCGGUCAAUCGGCAACGGCCGUUCCGGAAAUCCUGGAUUCCGUGACAACCUGUGCGACAGGAAAAUUCGCCGGGCGCGUGUAAGCGCACGAGUUUCAAACGGCGCGUCUUUACGGCGCGCCGUGUUCCGCUGGAGUAGUGCGGCAUCGACAGUAACGCGUAAUAUAACGGGCGUGUUGAGACCGCGACGUUCAGUCGCGUUGUUGUGCGACCGGGUGGCCGGAAAGCGAUCGUCGAUUAUCGGACGUGAACGAAAGAGAAAAACAACCGUCUCGUCUCGUAAUCGUUCGUGUCCGCUGUCCGCCGUCGUCGGCGCGGGGCACACGGGGGGACACGUUGCCGUUAUGUUUUCGCGCGGCCGACGAGACGGACGGACAAGACAACGAGACGGGUCACUCCGGACCGCGAAUGUGUGUAACGCGCGCGAGCGUUCCGCGGGACGCGUGUCGGAAAGUCCACAAACACGGCACGAGCGCCAGACGUGUACAAAUUACGUAUCAUUUGCGCCGGGAUAUGCGGGACGUGUUCGCCGGUAUAGUGUUACGCCCGAUAUAGUAUAUCAUGACAGAAGCGCCGAAGAUGCGGAAAGACGGACGUGCCGUGCACUACGGGUGGGCCGCUGUUGUACGUGA